CUCAUUUCUUCCCUUCAUUUCUUUCUCUGUCUCUACACAAACCCUAGUUUCCUCUGCGUUCCUGCCAAAAUGCCGCCGAAAUUCGAUCCCUCACAGGUCGUCGACGUGUACGUGCGAGUCACCGGCGGCGAAGUCGGAGCAGCAAGCUCACUCGCCCCAAAAAUCGGUCCACUAGGUCUCUCACCCAAGAAAAUCGGAGAAGACAUAGCCAAAGAGACAGCCAAGGACUGGAAGGGUCUCCGAGUCACUGUCAAGCUCACAGUACAGAACCGACAAGCGAAAGUCUCCGUCGUUCCAUCCGCCGCGGCUCUGGUCAUCAAGGCACUCAAAGAGCCCGAGCGGGACCGCAAGAAGACCAAGAACAUCAAGCACACUGGCAACAUCUCACUUGAUGACGUGAUCGAGAUCGCGAAGAUCAUGAGGCCGAGGUCGAUGGCUAAGGAUUUGGCUGGGACUGUGAAGGAGAUUCUCGGGACAUGCGUCUCAGUUGGGUGUACGGUCGAUGGGAAGAACCCUAAGGAUUUGCAGCAGGAAAUUGCUGAUGGAGAUGUUGAGAUUCCUCAGGACUGAGAUAAUGGGACUAAUGUGAGAAAGUUCUUACUUUAAUAUAGAUUUGAUUUAAAUUUGUUCCAAAUGUUUUGUAUGAGCUUAACGAGAAGACGUGGAGGAAAUUGGGAAAAUGUGCGAAUGGCAUUAGAGUUUGGGUGACAUCUCGUAAUCUGUUUUGGAUCGUUGUUUCCAUUUCAUUGUUUGAGUUUUUUUUAAUUGUUUAGCUUAAAUUGGAAUGCUAGUUUUUAUUGUGGUUGUUUGCGAACCUGUGGUGUUUGGAUUCCUAAAAAUAGUUUAGGGGAUAUGAUACACUAUUGGUGCAGGCAAUUACGCAUUUGUGCUCUAGACAAUCAAGCGCCAUUGUCUUGGUGUUGUUUCUUUGGAAAUAACUUUUUCCCGCUUGAUGUUAGCUAUUACCAGAGUAAUCC